UUUCUCUUUUUCUUGUACUUAACUAUCGAGUUGUAGCUCUGUUCGUGCACUGAACAUGGCAGCCUCUACGAGUGAUUCUGGGGAAACACCAGCAGCUCGCAUGGAAAAUACAGAGAUUUUCCCAGGCUGCUCUAAUAUUAAUGAAUUCUCACAGCAGAGUCUUAGAACUGUACUCCAGGCUACUAAGGCAUCUAAUGACUUACCAACUGGCGAUGAUUAUGACUUCUAUUCAACUUUUGAUGCUGUCAGGGAUGUCCUUGAUUUUGAGGCAAGAAGAACAUUGCAGUUAAUUCAGACCUUGCUUAGACAUCAGAAUGUGAAAGGAAUCAUCACAGGGGCAGACCAUCCCUUGGAACUGGAUGAACAAUUUGAUGUCCUCAUAGACAGUAAUGACCAGAUUUUUGAGCGAGUGGGAAAUUGGAUUGAUGAGGCUACAGGUGUGAGAAAAAAUGAAAACAAGCUUGUUGUAACAGUUGUCAAUCGACCUAACCCAGCUGUUGCAAGCUGGAACAAAAAGAACAGCUCUCCUGGUAACAGUCCUGCCACACCCUUUCGCCUUCUUGCGUCGAGGGCAACCCAGAGACCUCAGCUUGGUUUUCAAGAUAAGAUUGACAACAGCAAUAGACCAUUCAUGCCAAUUCUGAGACAUAAGCCUAAUGCCUUUAAAUCUCUGGAAGAGAGCAUGCGGUUGCCAGAAGAUGUAACUCUGGAGGAAACAGAAAACAUUGAUUUCAUAUAUCCUCACCCGUAUCAGUAUGAAUUAGACCUGUGGCAGCCAUCUCCAGAUUGUUUAGAGAAAGUGAUCCCUCAGGAGGCAAAAUCUCUGGCAGAUGUGCCACUGAAAUUUAUAGACACAUCAGCAGGUCUCUCUGAGCUCAGUAGUCUGCUUUUAAAGGAAAAAGAGAUUGCUGUUGACCUUGAGCACCACUCAUACAGGACCUUCCAAGGAUUUCUGUGCUUGAUGCAGAUCUCUACACGAGACCACGAUUACCUGAUUGACACAAUAGCACUUCGGUCUGAAAUGCACAUUCUCAAUGAAGUCUUCACUAAUCCACACAUAACAAAGGUUUUCCAUGGUGCAGACUCCGACAUAGAAUGGCUGCAACGAGACUUUGGCAUCUAUGUCGUCAACAUGUUCGACACAGGGCAGGCUUCUCGUGUCCUUAACAUAGCCCGCUUCUCUCUGGCACACUUGCUACACCUGUACUGUCAGGUAGAAGCUGACAAGCAGUAUCAGCUAGCUGACUGGCGGAUACGGCCUCUGCCUGAAGAACUUGUGCAGUAUGCUAGACAGGACACCCAUUACCUCCUGUAUAUUUAUGACUGUCUACGCAAUGAGCUUAUUAAUCGUGGCAAUGAACACAGGAACCUGCUGCAGUCUGUGUACCAGAGAAGCAAAACUAUUUGUCUGAAGGUGUAUAAGAAGACAUUAUACAGAGAAGACAGUCAUCUAGAACUGUACACACGCAGCAAAAAGGUGUUUAACUCCCAGCAGAUGCAAGCCCUCAAGCGCUUGUUUGCAUGGAGAGAUGUCACAGCCCGUUUGGAAGAUGAGAGUGUACAAUAUGUUCUACCAAACCACAUGCUGCUGCAAAUGGCUGAAAUUUUACCUCGUGAGCGUCAGGGAGUGUUUGCCUGCUGUAACCCUAUUCCACCACUAGUGCGCCAGUCACAGCAUGAAAUCCAUGCUAUCAUUCUGGAAGCUCGAGAGGCUCCUCUUGAACAGGUGCACCAGGAGAGGAUUCCACAGCCAUCAGCUGCUCAGCAUCCUCGAUACCACUUACAGCGCUGCCCGCAUGACCUUUCACACCAGCAGUCCACUUUCUGUGAUAUACCUUCAGCACAGUCAGAUAUUUUGCAAUCAAGCAGCAAAGUGCUUACAAAUAAACUCUCCAAUAUCAAAGUGCUUGAUGUGCCUUCAUUAUCAGCUUUCGGCACAAAACAUGAGCAUGCACAAGAAACAUGGGCAAAAAGAGUUGCUGAUGAAGUUAAGUGUUCCUUCAUCAGUCCAUUCUUUAUGUAUAUACCUCCAGACAAUACAAGCCUGUCAUCAGAGAAGCAAACUUCAAAUACAGUAAAGCCAGUGACCAAAUGGAGGAUGAAACAGAAUACAGACAAGAGAAAGCACAAAGAUGAAAGUAACCCAGAAACCUUUGAGCCACAGUUUGUACCACCUGCUAAAACAGCCCGUAAAGCAGCACCUGCAAUUUCUGCAAGCACGGUCACAUCAAAAACCAUAAGACCUGGUGGUUCAUCUCAUGUGUCUUCAGAAAAGAUGCCUGUGGGAGAAGAAAGUGGAGCUCUUACACUGCGCCAGCAGAAGGAAAAAAUAAGGCAGGAGAAAGAGAGAGAGAAAAAGACAACAGCUGCAGCAUCAAACGCAGAUCACCAGCAGCUGACCUCCACUUCUCGAGAAAAGGAUAAGAAAAAGAAGAAGAAGAAGAAGGAAAAGGUGGUCUCAACAUCUGCUAGUAACAGUGACAAUGCAGCAGGUUCUCUCACCACAGGAGGAAGAAAAAAAAAGAAGAAAAAGGCCACAGAGGUAGCUGCUGAAAAUGCUGAAGAAAACUUCACUCCUUUUGAUUAUGCCUCAGCCGACAAGUCAGCAAUGACAGGAGACAAAAAGAAGAAACACGUUUACAAAGAUAUCUACAACCCAAAGUGGCAUGGGGGCGACAAAAAGCAAAAGAAGAAAAACAAGAAGUUUGGUGCAAAACAGAGAAAAAGCCUGACCUUCAGCUAGUUUGACAGAUGAAUAUUCAUAUGCUUUGAUAUCCUGACUUCAUUAUGUUAUGACAAGAAAGAUAACUUACAAGAUAGAAAGCUAAGCCCUGCUUAUGUGGGUUUCUAUGGAUGGCAUUUGGAUUUUAGUUUCAACUGUCUAAGAUGUACCUCAUCAUUGUUGCAUAAACUUUGAGAGGAAACGUCCUCUAAAAUGUAACCUUGAUUGUACUGAUUAUUUAUUACUUGUAAUCUGCAACAUCCAGUGCCUGACUGAAAAUUCUGAGAAUUCUGUUACUGUUUUGCCUAAUAAAACACUUUAGGGCAUAUGUUGCUGUCAAGCUCCAAAGAAACGGUGCAACAUUGUCGUCAGGUCUGAAAAUGGACAACUAGGAGAAACUUACUGCAUAACAAACCUAGGGGGAAAGCUUGUCUGCUAUCUGGUAGUCAUGAUUUACAUUAGUUCUUUGAAUAACUCCUUUUUUUCGUCAGUUUAUUUUUCAUCACAAGAAUAUAAAAUCAGUACAAUUGAGCAAAAUGAUUUGGAAAGGGUUCUCAUUGACUAUUGCUACAGAGGAUGACAGAAUGAAACUUCUAUUUAGCAAGCCUGCACUUCCAUUAAGUUUUCAAAAUGGGGAAAAUCUAGUCUGGUCAAGUAAUGUUUUCUCUAACAUCACUGCCUUUAUUAUUGAAUACUUUCAUGUCAACUGUUUUAUGUCUCUUCUGUAAAGUUUUUCUUGAAAACUAAUGCUUGACCUUUCAAAGGAUGUCAAAGUGCAUUCUUCAAGAGCUUUUUAAAAAAUAUGUUUUGUAGCUCAUCCUGCAAUUACAAGUUUUAAACAAAAUGAAGCGGAGAAUAAAUGUGAUAAAGAAA